GUUCGAACGCGUGAAGCGGCAUGAGUUACAUACUUUGCCUCUCUAAAUAAAGAGUCGGAUCUGACUGAGUGUUUCUUAUGCUGGGGUUUUGAAAAUCUGGGAAAUAUGGACCACGGGGAUGCCUCUCCACUGAAGCACUUUGUGGUGGCUAAAAAGAAAAUCAAUGAUAUAUUUGAACAGUUACUAGGUUAUGUCCAGGAAGGCACAGAGUUUGUCAAAGAUACCUGUCAGAAUGAGUCGUUGGAACAUAUCGCCAGCAAAGACCAGCUGAAACAGAUUGAGGCGUACACUAACAAACUCAGUGUCAUCAGAGAGGUUUUAGCUCGCCGGCAUAUGAAGGUAGCCUUUUUUGGGAGGACGAGCAAUGGGAAAAGCACUGUUAUCAAUGCCAUGCUACGUGACCGGGUGCUCCCGAGUGGUAUCGGCCACACCACUAACUGUUUCCUGAGCGUGGAGGGUACCGAUGAUGACAAGGCUUAUCUCAAGACUGAGGGAUCAGAGGAGGAGAAGAGCAUUAAGACAGUGAAUCAGCUCGCCCAUGCUCUGCAUAUGGACGAGAGCUUGGAUGCUGGCUGCCUGGUUAAAGUCUUCUGGCCUAAGACUAAAUGUGCCCUCCUGAGAGAUGACCUAGUCCUCAUGGAUAGCCCUGGAACCGACGUCACCACGCAGUUAGACAGCUGGAUCGACAAGUUCUGCCUGGAUGCUGAUGUGUUUGUGCUGGUGGCUAACUCAGAGUCCACGCUAAUGAACACGGAGAAACAUUUCUUCCACAAAGUGAACGAGCGGCUCUCCAAGCCCAACAUUUUCAUCCUGAACAACCGCUGGGAUGCGUCUGCCUCAGAACCUGAGUACAUGGAGGAUGUGCGGAAGCAGCACACGGACCGCUGCGUAAACUUUCUGGUGGAGGAGCUGAAGGUGGUGGACCGCACGCAGGCCCCCAACCGCAUCUUCUUUGUGUCGGCCAAAGAGGUGCUGAACUCACACAUGCAGCGGGCGCAGGGUAUGCCAGAGACUGGUGGUGCUUUAGCAGAAGGGUUCCAGGAGAGACUGCAGGAGUUUCAAAAUUUUGAAAGAACAUUUGAGGAGUGUAUCUCGCAGUCAGCAGUGAAAACAAAGUUUGAGCAGCACACAAUCAGAGCAAAGCAGAUCAUUGAAACGGUCAAAAGCAUCAUGGACCACAUCAACAUCGCUGCCGCGGAAAAGAGGGUUCUCUCUCUGGAGGAGCGGGAGAACCAGAUCGACCGCCUGGACUUCGUGCGUAAUCAGCUCAAUAUCCUCAUCGAGGAAAUCAAGAAGAAAAUCAAAACGGUCACUGAGGAGGUGGAGCACAAGGUGUCCAAUGCCAUGGCAGAUGAGAUUUGCCGACUGUCUGUUCUCGUGGACGAGUUUCACACAGACUUCCACCCCUCCUCUCACGUGCUCAAACUUUAUAAACAAGAGCUGCUGUCUCAUGUAGAGGAGGGCAUGGGGAAAAACUUAGCCUUCCGCUGCUCCGACGCAGUCAAUGCUUCUGUUCAGUCCUCCCAGAAAGACAUGAUCGAGUGUGUGCAGCCUCUGCUGCCCCCUGCUGUCCAGAGCCAGAUCAACAUGCUGAUCCCCAGUAGGAAGUUUGACCUCAGCUAUGACUUGAACUGUGCUACGCUCUGCGCCGACUUCCAGGAGAACAUUGAGUUCCAGUUCUCUCUAGGUUGGACGUCCCUGGUGAACCGGUUCCUGGGCCCAGCCAACGCCAAGCGGGCCCUGAUGCUGGUGGAUCGGAGCUUUCAGGUUUCCCGUCCUCUGGCCACCACUCCGUCAGGCCCACUGGUGAGUCAGAGCGUGCCUCCGCCUCCGCCCGUGUCUGUGGGUCAGGUACAGGUACAGCCCCACGGCCAGUCCCAGGCCGUGAUGACCCAGGAGGAGCUAAUGAUGACCAUGAUCAACAACCUGGCCUCAGUCACCUCCCGCACCUCCAUGAGUGUGAUCGUCGUCGGAGGAGUGGUGUGGAAGACGAUUGGCUGGAGACUGAUCGCUCUGUCCAUGAGUCUGUACGGCAUGCUGUACCUGUAUGAGAGACUCACCUGGACCACUAAAGCCAAAGAGAGGGCCCUCAAGAGGCAGUUUGUGGACUAUGCCACCGAGAAGCUCCAACUGAUCGUCAGCUUCACCAGCUCCAACUGCAGCCACCAGGUCCAACAAGAGAUGGCCAGUACCUUCGCCCGCCUGUGCCAGCAGGUGGAUCUCACCCAGAGAGAGCUGGAGAAGGACAUCAGCAGACUGACAACCAAAAUCCAGCAGCUGGAGAACGUGCAGAACCGCUCUAAAACCCUCAGGCAUAAAGCCACAGAUCUGGAGCGGCAGUUGGAGAGCUUCACCUCUCAGUAUCUGGAACCUCAGCACUGACGUGCUCCUUGGCCUUUCAUACAGAUCUCCCUCAGACUCUGCGUCCGGGCUCCCGUCUCUCAGUUUAACUGAUCCAAACGUCACACCCUGUUCUUUAGGGAACUCUCCACCCCUCUGCAGGUGGCUGGACACAAGGCUUUCUGAAGGGAUUUAUCAUUCGGAUGUCUGUCAGAGUUAGACUGGGACGGUUCUGUUAAGACUCAUGUGUGGAAUGAUGGAAUGGUUUGUCACACUGGUAAUAAUACUAGCACUGUAAUAACAUAUAAGUACGGCGUAAAUGCUAACACUAUUGUAUGAACCGUGAAAAUAUGUCGAUGAAGAGAUAUUUAUCUAUGUUUAAGCAAGUGAAGAACCAGGAACC